CUUUUCUCUCCAACCAACUAUCACCUCUUCAGUUUCUCUCGGCCCUUGAGUUGCUUGCCUCUGGAGGGUGGUGUACACUACUUCCGCUCAUUUCUUGUACUCUCUUUCUCGCAAACAACACCAACUACCGCCGUCGACAUGGACUCUACCGUCCCACACCGUCGCGCGGCGAAUCUCCACAACCGCAUCGCAAAGGUCGGCCGCGGCGUCGCUCAGCUCUCGUCCCCUGAGGGGCUCGUGAAGCGCCAGCGGGGGAUCUUUGGCAGCAGCGACGACGACGACGAUGACGAUGAUGAUGGCGAUAUCUUCGAGUCGAUCUUCGGUGGACACAACCCUGCGGGAACGACGUCCGAGACGACGGCUGCUGCGACUACUCGCGCCGCGGUGACCACGACCGCGGCGACGCAGCAGACCACUGCAGCCCAGACCACGCGCCCUCUUACGACCGCUGCAGAAACGACGCGCCCGACCACCACCACUGCCGCGACGACGACUGCCGCGCAGACGACCUCGCGUGUGCCGGUGACGACUAGCGCGACCACGACCAGCUCGUCUACGACCUCGAGCAGUACAACGUCCCAGACCACGUCGUCUUCGACCUCGACGUCUUCGACCUCCAAGCAGCCGAUCACGAGCCAUGUCACGACUACCCUCGCGGACCCCACCACGUCCAGCAGGAGCACUGCGUUCGUGACGCAGUCGAGCGCGAUCGCCAGCAGUGCAGGGGCGGAUGCUGCUGCGGCUUCCACCACUAGCAAGGACGCUUCUGGUGCUACGUCGUCGAACGCCGGUGGCAUCGCUGGCGGUGUGAUUGGCGGCAUAGUAGGCGUCGUUGCGCUCUUCUUCGUCGCGUCCUGGUUUAUCCGUCGCCGCAGGCGUCAGGCCGACGAGGCUGAGUGGAACAAGCAGUUCAACGAUGGCUUUAACCCAGGCAACUUCCGCAAGUCGGCCAUGAUGCUCCCUCCGGACAACACCAACGGCGGUAUGUUCAACCCGCGUCCACCUACCAUGAUCGAGCGCAAGAUGUCCCCUCCGGCUGCGGCGUACUCGCCGUACAACAACGCUGCUCCGGUUUCGUACAACCCGAGCAUGCAUGGCGGCUACCCUAGCGGGGAUUACGGUGCUCAACAAGGCUACGGUAACGAGCAGUACGGCGCUGCUGGUGGCUAUGGACAGGAGGAUCAGUACGCGCAGUACCAGCAGUACAACAACUACCAGGCAUACCCGGCUUACAACGCGGCGCUCUCUUCGGCGAACCCGUUCAUGGACCAGAACGCGGUUGCCUACUCCCCGGCCAUGUCCCCUCCCCCGGCUAACGGCAACUACAACGUGGUCUACAACGAGCGCGGCAAGCCUGUAAUGCAGCAGGCUCUUACCCGUCAGCCCUCGAACGGCCAGGUCCUGAACCACAACAGCACGGAGAUUGAGCGCCAAUCCACGGUCACCUCGGCCAGCGCCAUUGGCCUCGCUCGCAGCACCUCGCAGAUUACUCAGGUUGCGCCUGCUAGCGAGCGCGUUGGGUCUCCGCCUGUUGCCGGUCAUGAAAGCCUCCCUCCUCUGCCUCAGCCCAUGCCUGUCGCCCAGCCUGCGGCUCCCGCUGAACCUGUCGCCCAGCCUGCAUCUGCUGCGGCUGCCGAAGCUGUCCGCCCUCCGUCUACCAAGCUCGCCGACCUCGCCGUGUCGCCGUUUGCCGACACCUCGCUGGACACCAAGGACGCCCGCAUGUCGAGCAUGUCAACUGGCUCUCUCGGACAAUUCCCGCAGCCGCCUUCUGAGGUGCACCCGCCCAUUGGCUCGCGGUACAAGAUCGACUCGAUGCCACCUAUGCUCCCGGACAUGCAGUUCAACAGCCAUGACUCCGCUGUCCCAGGCCAGGACUACCCAAGCUCGAUCCACAACAGCAUGUCGUCGUUCAUGAGCCCGGUCGCUAACGAGCCGCGCCCGAGCCCGCUUGCGAACUCGACUGUCGCGGAGCCCGCCUCGCCGCCGCCCGUGGUGCCAAAGGACGCUGUCGCCCAGGCUCAGGCUGCUCCUGCUGCAGCCGCCCCCGCGCCUGUCACCUCCUCGCCUUCGCCCCGCACCAGCGCGAACCAGCCCAAGCAGGAGCGCCCACCGACUGUGUACGACGAGGCCGACGCCUAUGGUGGCAUCUAAAGCGUCGCAUCGAAAUGGAUACCCGUCUCUCAUCUAUGUCUCCGUCUCUCUGUCUCUAUCCCCCAUUCUGUCCUUCCUCGUGCGUGCGCGCUGGAUCUGCGAUCCUGGUACCGCUCGUGAUUCCCGCAAGGAUUCGAGAUCCCCGCGCUCCUCCUCUUCCUCUUGGCUGUGGGUUAUCUAGGGUCGGGGGCGGACGGGUGAGGGCGGGUCCCUUCCGCUCGUGCGCGCCUUGUAUAGAUAUCUAUCAUUAUAACCUCUAGUUAAUAGUCCCAGCCUCCUUCUCAUUAACCGUUGCACGGUGUCUUGGUUCUUACUGACCAUGUACAUACUCAUCUUCGUGCCCAUCGCUGUAUGAUACCAGAACCGCUCGAUACUGACGAGGCCCUAGAUGGGUUUAGUAUGACACCUAAACUAUUGUUUGCCUUUCGUACUUCUCGUGUACUCUGUAGUGAAAGAACAAGAAGUAUUGUGAAGACAGA